AUGUCUAAAGCGCAUUCUCGUUUUCAAAACCGCUCUGUGAGUGGAAGGGGUGAAUACAAUGGCACAUCCACAGCUGGGGAAGUUAUGCUUGAGGACACACCUGUGUUCUUUUCUGGACUAACAGGUGUGAAGAGCUCUGGCAGACGUUCUACAACUAAUGAGGAACGUCGUACAGAAGCCAUACCAGGCGAAAGUAUUUCUUUGAAAGGAAGUAACAAAGAAUCAGGUAAACAAACACAGGAUCAAGUAAUGUGGAUUGAGCUGGGUCUUUGCAAAGCACUCGUGCGUGCCGUAACACAUGCCGGAUUUCUUUCUCCAACACCUGUUCAGGCGCAAGCUAUUCCUGCCGUUCUCAGCGGUAGUGAUGUUUGUGCACGAGCUGUGACAGGAUCAGGGAAAACAGGAGCCUUUUUACUGCCAUUAUUACAUCUUCUUUUGACACGGGCCCCACUAAAACAAAUGCACUCAGGUGGUAAGCGUCGUUUUAUCCGUGCUGUUGUCUUGGUUCCUACCAGGGAAUUAGGUAUGCAGUGCCAGCAGAUGCUGCAACAGUUUCUUACAUUUACUUCCGGACUAACUGUGGCGUUGGCAAUUGGUGGUGUAGCACAAAGUGCACAAGAAGCUGCUCUUGAAUCGAUUCCAGAUAUUCUCAUUGCGACUCCUGGACGGUUAGUUGACCUUUUACAUAAUUACAAGGGCUCACAUGGCUCUUUUGAUUUCACUGGUGUGGAAAUAGUUGUGCUUGAUGAGUGUGACAAAAUGCUAACUGUGACACUUAAAGAUCAAGUGGUGGAUAUUCUUAAACAUGUACCAGAAGAAUUUAGACAAGUCUUAAUGUUUUCUGCAACUAUGACUACAGAAGUGGAUGAGUUCGCGAAAGAACAUCUCUUUGAACCUAAGAAUGUCGACGUUGGUCAUGUGGCACUUCAGUCGAAAUUGCGACAACAAUUUGUGCGCAUUCGUAUGACUCCUCUCAGUACCACUUCUACGUCAACAACUAAUACAGGGUCCGAUAAUGACAAGAAGGACGGGGAUGAAUCACAAGAAGAAAAUGUAGAAAAAACGGGCAAAAAACGUAUUCGCUCGAAACGUCUUCGUGAUGCCUCAAAAGCUGAGACAGCUGAAACCAGUACUACAGAUGACAAUACAGAGCAUAUCACAAAAGUUAAGUCGCGUUAUCUUGUUGCCCUUUGUUUAGAAUACUUUAAAGAUAAGACGAUGGUGUUUACUCGAUAUCGCACUACAGCGCAUCGACUUCAUCUUCUCUUUACUGCCUUGGGAUUUGCAAGUGCAGAAUUACAGGGAAACCAAAUUCAAGAAGAACGUUUCGCCUCAUUGGAGAAAUUUGCUUCAGGUGAAGUACGUUACCUUUUUUCUACAGAUGUUGCAUCACGUGGGCUUGAUAUCAAAGGUGUAUCAACUGUUAUUAACUUUGAUUUACCCCCUACACUUACGGCCUAUAUUCACCGCGUUGGGCGUACAGCUCGCAUUGGGAGUAUUGGGACUGCGGUUUCACUUGUAGACGAGGCGAAUGAUGGGGAUAUUAUGCGUAAAAUCCUCGCCGUGAGUGGUGUUGUGAACAACCACCAGGCCUCCACUGUGAAGCGACGCGAUGUGCCGGAUGCGUUGUUGCGGCAGGCCACUGCCCGUGUGGAUGCGGUGUUCCCGGAGGUGCGCGGGCAGUUGGCGGCGGAGGCGCUGGAGGCGAAGAUUGCGCAGGCGGAGCGUCGCUACGGGGCCCGAUCGGGAAGGACGGAGGAGCAGAAGCACGAGCUGCUGGCCGCGAGUGUGGCCCCGCAGCCAACCAAGACAUGGUGCCUCAGCCGGGCGGAGCGGAAGCGGCGGGAGGAGGAGGCCCGGCGGGUCUACGAGAAGGAGGCGGAGGUGACCGUCAAUCACUUCCAGAACGAACUCGCCAGCUGGGACCGCGAGGAGGCGGUAUUCCUACGCAAACAGAAACAAACACGGCGCCAGCAGCGCGAGGCGAAGGCACGGGCAGCAGAGAAGAAAAAGAACAUCACACGAGAGCUGAGACGCAAGUCACAGCAGAAACUUCAGGCAGGUGUCAUUAAGAAAAUGAAAAAGAAGAAGAUUCGAGACGCAAGGAAGGCAAGACGGGCGGAGAGCCGCGAAAAGAAUGGUAAGACCCCCUAUAAACAUCACGAUGGUGCCAAAAGUAAGAAGAAGUCACGCCAUAAGAAGCGUAUGGCGAAACACUGA